CCUAUAUAUGAAGAGAGAGCCGUCGUCUAGGGUUUCCUCCACGGCGCCGACCAUACCAGACCAAUCCCCCAAACCGAGGAAGAACUAGCGCCCUCUCGCCGUCGCCGCAAUGGAGCACACCUUCAUCAUGAUCAAGCCCGACGGCGUCCAGAGGGGCCUCAUUGGUGAGAUCAUCAGCCGCUUUGAGAAGAAGGGCUUCUACCUCAAGGCCUUAAAGCUUGUGAACGUGGAGAGGUGCUUCGCUGAGAAGCACUACUCUGAUCUGUCCGCCAAGCCCUUCUUCCAGGGCCUUGUGGACUACAUCAUCUCUGGCCCUGUGGUUGCCAUGGUCUGGGAGGGCAAGAGCGUUGUCACAACUGGCCGCAAGAUCAUCGGUGCCACCAACCCCCUGGCUUCCGAGCCUGGCACCAUCCGUGGUGACUUUGCUGUCGACAUUGGCAGGAAUGUCAUUCAUGGAAGUGACAGCAUUGAGAGUGCUACCAAGGAGAUUGCCCUGUGGUUCCCCGAGGGCCUCGCCAACUGGCAGAGCAGCCAGCACCCCUGGAUCUAUGAGAAGUAAACCGUGUCGCUUCACUCCAAACCUCAAGAGCCUGAGAGCGUGGCACCAGCCCUACUUUAGUAAUAUUUAGAGUUCCAGGAAAUUAUUAUCUGUAUCGUUGAACCGUAUUUUCAUGAACCGAAUUUCCUUCCUUGGCUCGCAUGCUAUGCAUGCUUGACGUUUUGUUUAUGGUAUUUGAUAUGGUUUUGCUUUUAUAUGAGCUACUGCCAACGUUGUUUAUUGAA